GGAAAAAGAAAAGCACACGUUCAAAUGACUUGAAGGACAAGGGAACAAGGUGACGAAGAGAAGAAGAAACAAAGAACGAAGAGAAGAAGGAAAGAAGGGAAGGGGAGACGCAGGGUCAAAAGGCCAAGGCGACGAAGAGAUGAAGAGACGAAGGGACGAAGAGACAAAGAGACGAAGAGAAAAGGGACCAAGAGACGAAGGAACAAGGGACGAAGAGAAGGGAAGUGGAGACGCAGGGUCAAAAGGCCAAGGCGACGAAGAGAUGAAGAGACGAAAGGACGAAGAGACAAAGAGACGAAGAGAAAAGGGACCAAGAGAAAAGGGACCAAGAGACGAAGGAACAUGGGACGAAGAGAAGGGAAGUGGAGACGCAGGUCAAAAGGCCAAGGCGACGAAGACACGAAGAGACGAAGGGACGAAGAGACAAAGAGACGAAGAGAAAAGGGACCAAGAGACGAAGAGUAAGAGACGAAACAAGCAAGGCACCAAAUGACGAACGGACCGAAGGCGACCGAGGGGUGAAAGAAAGAAGACACGAAUUAACGACGGAACGAGGGACGAAGAGACGAAGAAGAAAAGACACGAAACGAGAGGGUCACGGAAUGACGAACGGACUGAACACGACCGGACUGAAGGCAAACGACAGGUGAAAGAAAGAAGAGACGAAUUGGCGACGGAAAGAUGCAAUGAUAUGACGAAGACAGAUUAAAGUGACAAAGGGAAGAAGGAAAGAUGAACGAGAGAACAAGAAAACGAAAGGAAAAGUUACAGAGGAACGCGGGGAGAACCAGAAAACGAAAGGACAA